AUGGAGUCCCCGGUGGACUCCAUCCUCAGCGACCUGGGCCACUUCCCGCUCUACGACUCCAUCUUCCAGAACAACUUCAGCGGCUACAACGAGACCGACGUGCUGCCCACCGGCGUCAAGGUCACCAUCGUGGUCGUCUACAUGAUCGUGUGUGUGGUCGGCCUGGUGGGCAACUGCCUGGUCAUGUACGUCAUCAUCAGAUACACCAAGAUGAAGACGGCCACCAACAUCUACAUCUUUAACCUGGCUCUGGCUGACUCCCUGGUCCUGGCCACUUUACCUUUCCAGGGUGCCGACGUGUUCCUGGGCUUCUGGCCGUUCGGUAACGCCCUGUGUAAGGCCGUGCUCUCCAUCGACUACUACAACAUGUUCACCAGCACCUUCACGCUGACGGUGAUGAGCAUGGACCGCUACGUCGCCGUGUGCCACCCGGUCAAAGCGCUGGACAUGAGGACGCCGCACAAAGCCAAGGUGGUGAACAUCUGCGUGUGGGUGCUGGCUUCUGCCAUCAGCGUCCCAGCCAUGAUCAUGGGAGACGUGGAGGUAGAGCUGGAGCACAACAGCAUUGAGUGCAUUGUGGCUUUACCAGAGCCCAGGACGUACUGGGAUCCUGUCUUCGGCAUCUGCGUAUUCCUCCUCUCCUUCCUCAUCCCCGUGGCCAUCAUCAGCAUCUGCUACAGCUUGAUGGUCAAGCGCCUGCGCAGCGUCCGCAUCCUGUCCGGCUCCAAGGAGAAGGACCGCAACCUGCGCCGCAUCACCAGGAUGGUCCUUGUAGUUGUGGCCGCAUUCGUCGUCUGCUGGACCCCCAUUCAGAUCAUGGCCCUGGCUCAGACGCUGGGCUUCAACCUGGGCAGCCUGUUCACGGUGGUUCUGAUGCACUUCUGCAUUGCGCUGGGCUACGUCAACAGCAGCCUGAACCCCGUGCUCUACGCCUUCCUGGACGAGAACUUCAAGCGCUGUUUCCGUGAGUUCUGCAACCCAUCGCCGUUCCACCUCGACACGCAGCAGUCAGGCAGGAUGAGGAGCAUUGCUAGGGAGGUGGCGGCGGCCUACAGCUGCAAGGCGGGAGAUGGCGGGGGGCCAGGGGGAGGGACGCCCAAUCCGGCAUGA